CCUCCGUUGAAUGUUCCAGGACUUUCUAUUCCGAUGCUCAAGACGUCGGGACGGGGAUUGAGAAGAUAAUUGGCCGACGCUCGACGCUCGACGCUCGACGUGCGUAUCGCAUCUUGAUGAGGGAGGAUGGCCAUCGGGGGCCGGCGCCAUCGGGUUUACUUUCUUUUGUCACGAGUCUCGUUUGUUUGGUUCAGACCCGGUUCGGUCGGGUCCACAUGGGUGGCCGGAUUUGUGUUUCUCGGGUAUUACACGACGUGGAGGGGCUGCCUGGCGACACGACAUUGCUUGACCGAUCAAUCGGUUGACACGAGGUGUCCGGAAGGGAAUCAGGCUGCCCCGACGACUCUGCACGCUCGGUCCCGAUUCUGAUUUCGUCGGUUCGGAUCUGUUUUUCGCAUAUCGUAUCGUAUUGAUAUACCCCCAUCAUUCUUACGGCGGGGACCUUGUUCGGUCGGGAGGGUU